AUCAAACAAUAUGAAAAACGGCAUACUACCUCUCUUGCUUUUAGCUUCUUUAAAGGUUUCAUGGGCCACGCAAUAUUCCCAGCUGAUAGAUGCUUUUAGUAGGGUGCAAAAUCCCUGCGAUGAUAUACGCAAUGGUCAGUUUAUUUGUCAGGAUUGUGGUACAUUAGCUUUUUGUUUGCAACAAGAUGGUGAAUGGACAACACUGACAGUAACCGAGUGCCAAACUGAACAUAAUUUGUAUUGUGACGAGGAGGCUCGCGGUUGCAUUUUCAAACAUAAGUGCAAGGAGCCCAAUAGAGGUCCUAAAUUUGAAUGUCAAAAUGGUGGCAUCUUUCCCGAUCCCUAUGAUUGUAAAUAUUAUCAUGUGUGCGAUAAUAGUAAUGAAGGUGAACGUUUUAUAUGUCCCAGUGGUACAGCCUAUUCACCGGCCAGUAAAACUUGCUCUCUGACCCCAGAAACCGACAUCUGUUUGAAACCCCAAUAUGAGUGUAAUGAACUGGGACAAAUGGGUGCUUGGCCAACAGAUCCCAGCAUUUAUUAUGUUUGUCAUUCUACGAAUGUGGACGAAAAUGUAGUACGUUAUCCGGCGUUGUAUCGUUGUCGGAGCGGUUAUGUUUUCGUUAACACCAAAUGUAUUCCCUAUACAUCGUCGACUGAAGCACCACCAACUGCACCAACUACUGUACCAGAAAUUAUGACAUGUAUACGUGGAAGUGGUAUUAUUCCUAAUCCCUAUGAUUGUUAUUCGUAUUUUGUUUGUGUUAAUGGUCUAUUGGUUUCCACCACCUGUCCAACGGGCACUCAUUAUAACGAUGACUCAAAGAGUUGUAUUUUUGGAAAAUGUAAUAUCUAUUCAUACGAAACGUUUACUCGUAAAUCACGCUUUUAUUUGUAAUUCGAAUCGAAUUACAUGUUUCGCGAAUUAUUAUCUACUAUCUAUAUCCAAAUUAUUGUAUUAACCAUAUUAACCAUGUGUAUUAACCAACCAUAUUAUACCGCAAU